AACCAAUCACAGUUGACAACGAGUCCAGAGCGCGGUCAAAUGUAACAGUGAUAAAAUCGAGGCCAGAAGUGCCACAAUACCAGGCGGGGGAGCCCCUUUCUCACCACACCAAAAGCAGCAUCGCUUUGCCUCAUUGAAAGGAAAGGGAGGAGAGAAAUGCAGAAGGAUGUAAGAUGGCAGAACUACAAAUGUUGCUAGAGGAAGAAAUUCCGGCCGGUAAACGAGCGCUUGUGGAAAGCUACCAAAAUCUAUCGAGGGUUGCAGAAUACUGUGAAAACAAUUAUGUACAGGCCCAGGACAAGAGGAAAGCUCUGGAGGAGACGAAAGCCUACACCACCCAGUCCCUGGCCAGCGUGGCCUACCAGAUCAAUGCCUUAGCCAACAACGUGCUGCAGCUGCUGGACAUCCAGGCCUCGCAGCUGCGCCGGAUGGAGUCCUCCAUCAACCACAUCUCUCAGACGGUGGACAUACACAAGGAGAAGGUGGCGAGGCGAGAGAUUGGCAUCCUGACCACCAAUAAGAACACGUCGCGCACGCACAAGAUCAUUGCCCCCGGCAACAUUGAGCGGCCGGUCCGGUACAUCAGGAAGCCCAUCGACUACACACUGCUGGACGACGUGGGCCACGGUGUCAAAUGGCUUAAAGCCAAGCAACAAGGCAACAACCAACCAACGAGGGGAGGAGGAGGAGGAGGGACAUUAUCCAGGACCAAUCCGCCCACACAGAAACCCCCGAGCCCGCCCAUGGCUGGACGUGGAACUCUUGGGCGAAACACCUCCUAUAAGACCCUGGAGCCAGUCAAGCCGCCAACAGUCCCCAACGACUACAUGACCAGCCCUGCCCGACUAGGCAGUCAGCACAGCCCUGCACGCACAGCCUCCCUCAACCAGAGACCCAGAACACACAGUGGCAGCAGUGGGGGUAGCGGGGGGCGAGAGAACAGCGGUGGCAGCAGCAUUAGUGUUCCUCUGGCCGUGCCCACGCCCUCCCCUCCCAGCCUGGGACCAGCAGCGGCCCACCAAGGCCCAGGCCUGGGUCCCAUCCCUAUGGCCCAGUUUGGCACCAUCUCACGACAGGUCUCCCGCCACAACUCAGCCACUUCCUCAGCCUCCAUGGUGUCGGCCACGGGUACCUACCGCCGGGCGCCCUCCGGCAGCUCCCAUUUCUCCAUGUCCCAGCAGCCCCACCUCAACGGGGGCCCUGCCUACCCCCAAAACUCAGUGUCUGUAGCUCCUCCUCCUCCUCCUAUGGUCCAGCUGACACCUCAGAUCCCCCUGACCGGCUUUGUGGCCAGAGUUCAGGAGACCAUUACAGACGACCCGGUGCCCCCUCCACCGCCCCCUCCCGAGGACGUGGUCAUGUUUGACGAGCCCUCGCCCCCUCCCCCGCCCCCGCCCGUGGACUACCAGGGGGAUGAGGAGGCGGCCGUAGUGCACUACAAUGACCCCUACUCUGACAGAGACCCCCACUGGGCCCCCAAGGCCUACGCUGAGAAGGUGGUGGCCAUUUAUGACUACUCCAAGGACAAGGAGGACGAGCUGUCCUUCAUGGAGGGCUCCAUCAUCUACAUCAUCAAGAAGAACGAUGAUGGCUGGUACGAGGGCGUCUGCAACGGCGUCACCGGCCUCUUCCCCGGCAACUACGUGGAGUCCAUCAUGCACUACACAGACUAAGGGCGGCCAUUUUGAAUGAGAAAAAAACGCCAAGAUGUUACCAAAAAAAAACAAAAACAUUUUGAAUCAAGUGCUGUGUUUAGUAUUUGAAACGACAAGGUAGGUUUUAGUAAGAGGUUGGCUUUUUUUUUGGGGGGGGGGGUCAACUCUUAUCCACACAGCAACAUAUACAUUUUACUUUCACAGACACACAUAGAAAAAAAAGAAUAAAUCAAACAUAAAGAAGUGCAUUAGGACAUGACCGAAUGUUUGUUUUUGUCCAAAUCGCAGAUGUUAAGAAGCAAAAUAGUCUAUUUACUAUGCUACAUGUUGAAAAGGAGGGGUGGGGAGCUGGGCCAAGGGACCAGGAAUAGGGGACAUCAAAGGGGAAUACUGAGUGUAGAAGUCAAAAAGAACUGAACGUGAUUUUUCUUAUUUCUGGUGAUGGUUUGUUUUUGUUAUAUAACUUGUAUAUACUGUAAUGUGUGAAGCUGACAGUUGGUUUGCCAGUAGUGUGUUUUACUUGUGAGGUUGUUUUUUCUUCAUCGGUGUCUUUUGAUUGGUCAACAGCAAGCCAAGUUGUGCCAGAUACAGAUGGUUUAACUCAAUCAUAUUUUGUCGUUGUGUUUCGGGUAUUAUUUUAUUUUCUACCCUAGGCUCGGCCAAAUGUCACUUGAUAAGAAUGUUUUUAUUUUUUAAUGUGGAAAAUAAAGUGUAUCUUGCUUAUUUUGUAUGCUGUCAGGCUACUGUAGAAAAUGGUUCCUGAAAUGUGCUUAUUUUGUAUGCUGUCAGGCUACUGUAGAAAAUGGUUCCUGAAAUGUGCUUUGCUUCAAAUGGCAAACGUCAAGAAACAGAUUAUUGUACUUUUGUUCCAUCAUGGUUCCAUUGUGUUAGAAUGUCUGCUUAGUUCUCUUUUUAUACGACUUCAAUUUAUACGGUUUUGAUUUGCGACAUCCGGGUUGCGUUCAGGCUAUCCGACCGUUGCGUUAUCUUUUUUUCAAGUUAUAUCAUCCUGAGCUUUGUCAGUGGGGUCUGGAUAGGUGCUUAUCUUUGGUGCUUGGUAACAAGUAUCACCUUCCAUUAGCAACACAACCUCAGCCCGACGUCCUUGUUUUAUCAAAGAACGGUAUAGGCUGCUAGCCUACCUAUUGAGCAGUACAGGGUGAUUUGUAACGAUGCUAAAUGUUCAAUCUUGAACGUACCCUUGCUCUAUCCUUUCUAUCACAGUGGAUGUAGACAAUUUAGCAGUGCAUUGUUAUCUCAAAAUGUACUAAAACGAUUGUCUUAAAAAAGAAGAAGAAGACACAUUUGUGCCACACGUUUAUGAUGAAGUCGUAUUCCACACACAUUUCAGUGCAUCGUAAUACACAACUUUCUUGCAAACAUGACAUGAUGCUAUCUAUGACUUAAUACAGUUUAUGAUGAAAUACUUCCAUGCCAAAAUGUAGGCUGCUUGUGGUCGGAUGUCCAUACCUCUUACGUACUGACGUUUGAGGUUUAUUUGUCACGAGCCAUCAGUAAUGUUAAGAACAGGUUACGGUGAUGACCAUAGGUUACGGUUAUGACACUAUGAAGUAGACAUGUCGCACAGACAAAGGGAUGUUAAAGCUUGCCACGUGCAGACCGUGUAAUGCCAACAUAAUCAACAUGAACAGUAUUCAACCUCAAUGUAUGCAUGACUACAUGAAUACAUCAACAACAACAAAAACAUUUUUUUAUUUUUUAUUGUGAAUACUAAUUUGCCACGACAUCCAGUUAUUGAUUGUACUUUUAACUCUUCCAUCAGAGGUCAAUUUGGUGAGAAACAACUUUUUUCUACCUAAGCAUUUCCAGCACUGCAGUUGAUUGUUUUGAAAGACUCUGUCUGAGACUGCCGGUCAUGGUUUGGUAGCAGUUUUGGAUUUUGAUUUAUUUAUAUUUUCCUAGAAAAAUAUUAUUAGACAACCACUAUGUUUACCACUAAAACGUGAAACAUUUCGGGGCUCCACGGCACAAUGCGCCUUGAUUUGAUGUCUGUUUUUAUUAGAUGAAAUGUGGAAAAAAGUGUAUCUGUAACUUGACUGUUCAUGGGAGCAGAAUGUGAUAUUUCUCGUCUCGUCUCUCUUCUCCAAUCUGGAAAGCUGAAGCCGUUACAAAUGCCGUAAUAGAUAUUGAAAGGGAAUCUCUGAUUGAGCCGAUAAUAUGCAGUGUUUAUCGUGAAUGGAACAUUGCCUUCUUGUUGUAAAGCUGAACUUCUGCGAUGCGGAUCGAAUAGAGCCCCUGGUUUGUAUAUAUAAUGUGUUCAUUUACAUUUAUGUACAGUCUUUUUUUGUAAUAAACAGCUCACCGAAACAA